CAGCCAGGUGUGGCCCAUGAUCCCAGGAGGUGCAGGGGGGAGGGCGGUGUCUGACUCUCAGGGCGCUGGCCCGGCCCAGAGGGGACAGGAAGCCAGGACACCGGGGAUUGUCUCUAGCAGCCGCAGCCCUGCCUCAGCCCGGGAGGAAGUUCUGCCGGGCGCUCUCCGCUGGUGCCUCCCUCGCUGUAUUGUUGAACAGGAAACCGGGCUGCGCGGGAGCUGGGCGGUGGAGGAGGGAGCGGCGGACGCCGAAACCACGCGCUCCUGCCGGGACAAGUGGAGGCGAAGCCAGUGAGCGGACACCCCGAGCUCCUGCUCCCCGAGGUCUCCCCCGGCCUAGCCCUUGGAAGCCCCGCCCGAGGAGAUGGCAGGGGCCUAACCUGCAUCCAUCCGCCGGCUCCGCCCGUCCAGCCCAUGGGCCCACAGAGACCUGACCCGCCAACGGAAACGGCACAGCCGCGAUGGCGGCAGACGUCGAGGGGGACGUGUACGUGCUGGUGGAGCAUCCCUUCGAGUACACGGGCAAGGAUGGGCGCCGCGUGGCCAUCCAGCCCAACGAGCGCUACCGGCUGCUGCGCCGCAGCACGGAGCACUGGUGGCACGUCCGGCGCGAGCCCGGAGGCCGCCCCUUCUACCUGCCCGCACAGUACGUGCGCGAGCUGCCGGCGCUCGGGGACCCCGCCACCGCCUCGCCUCCGCCCGCGCUCCGCCCGGGCCCCGCAGCCCCCGAACCGCUGGCCUACGACUACCGCUUCGUGAGCGCGCCGGCGCCCGCGGGCCCGGACGGCACGACCACCAAGCCCCGGGGCCGCGUGAGCUCCCUGUGCGGCCCCGCGCGGCGCGGUGCGGCGACCCCCCGCAGCAGCCCGGCGCCGGGCCUGCCCACCUGCCUGUACACGAGGCCCGCGGCGCCCGUGAGGCCCGCGCAGUCCCUGGACGACCUGGCGCGCGCCGCCGUCGCGCCCCCUGCGGGUCUCCUCGGGAGCGCGGGCAGCUUCAAGGCCUGUAGCGUGGCAGGCUCCUGGGUGUGCCCGCGGCCCCUGGCGCGCAGCGACUCGGAGAAUGUCUACGAGGCCAUCCAGGACGUGCGCGGCCCGCCGCGGGAGGAGCGCCCGCCGCAGGUGGACGACCCCCCGGAGCCCGUGUACGAGAACGUAGAGAGGCAGCCUUCCGUGUCUUCGCCGGGUGCCACCGCGGGCCCCCGCCCCCCGGCGUGGGAGACGCACACGGACGCAGGCAGCGGGCGCCCCUACUACUACAACCCAGACACGGGCGUGACCACCUGGGAGUCGCCCUUCGAGGCUGCCGAGGGCAUCUCCAGCCCGGCCACCUCCCCCGCCUCGGUGGGCAGCCGCGAGAGCCUCGAGACCGACUGGGGUCAGUACUGGGAUGAGGAGAGCCGCAGGGUGUUCUUCUACAACCCGCUGACGGGCGAGACCGUCUGGGAGGACGAGACCGAGGACGAGCCAGAGGACGAGCUGGAGAUGCAGCAGGGCCUGAGCCCGCUCAGCCCCAGGGACCAGAGGCCCCCUACCCCUGAGACGGAUUACCCCGAGUCGCUGACCAGUUACCCGGAGGAGGACUAUUCCCCCGUGGGCUCGUUCAGUGAGCCCCGGUCUGCCUCUCCUUUGGCCACGCCCGCCGGUUGGUCUCUCCGAGUGAACCCCGACGGGCAGACGCUCUACACCAACAACUUCACCCAGGAGCAGUGGGUGAGGUUGGAAGACCAAUACGGAAAGCCCUACUUCUACAACCCACAUGACGCCUCCGUUCAGUGGGAGCUGCCCCAGGUUCCAGUCCCUGCCCCUCGAAGCAUCCACAAAUCCAGCCAGGACAGUGAGACCCCAGCCCAGGCCAGCCCCCCUGAGGAGAAGACCAAGACUCUGGACAAGGCCGGGGUGCUCCAUCGCACCAAGACUGUGGACAAGGGAAAGCGGCUCCGGAAGAAGCACUGGAGUGCGUCCUGGACGGUGCUGGAGGGCGGCGUCCUGACAUUCUUCAAGGACUCAAAGGCCUCAGCUGCAGGCGGCCUGAGGCAGCCUCCCAAGCUCUCCACCCCUGAGUACACAGUGGAUCUCAGGGGGGCCUCCCUCUCCUGGGCCCCCAAGGACAAAUCUAGCAGAAAGAACGUGUUGGAGCUGCGGAGCCGAGAUGGCUCAGAGUACCUGAUCCAGCAUGACUCCGAGGCCAUCAUCAGCACCUGGCACAAGGCCAUUGGCGAGGGCAUCCAGGAGCUGUCUGCAGACCUGCCCCCGGAGGAGGAAAGCGAGAGCAGCAGCGCGGACUUCGGGUCCAGCGAGCGCCUGGGAAGCUUGCGGGAGGAGGAGGCGCGGCCGGGUGCAGGCGCAGUCAUCCCGGAGAGCGACCUCAGCAGGGUCCGGCAGAGGCUCCGCAAGUUCCUACUAAAGCGGCCGACGCUGCAGUCGCUGCGGGAGAAGGGCUACAUCAAAGACCAGGUGUUCGGUUGCGCGCUGGCCGCGCUGUGCGAGCGCGAAAGGAGCUCCGUGCCGCGCUUCGUGCAACAGUGCAUCCGCACCGUCGAGGCCCGGGGGCUGGACAUCGACGGCCUGUACCGCAUCAGUGGAAACCUGGCCACCAUCCAGAAGCUUCGCUACAAGGUGGACCACGAUGAGCGCCUGGACCUGGACGACGGGCGCUGGGAGGACGUCCACGUGAUCACCGGAGCCCUGAAACUCUUCUUUCGAGAGCUGCCGGAGCCCCUCUUCCCCUUCUCGCACUUCCGCCAGUUCAUCGCUGCCAUCAAGCUGCAGGACCAAGCCCAGCGCAGCCGCUGUGUGCGGGACUUGGUGCGCUCGCUGCCCGCCCCCAACCACGACACGUUGCGGCUGCUCUUCCAGCACCUGUGCCGGGUGAUCGAGCACGGCGAUCAGAACCGCAUGUCGGUGCAGAGCGUGGCCAUAGUGUUCGGGCCCACGCUGCUGCGGCCGGAGACAGAGGAAACCAGCAUGCCCAUGACCAUGGUGUUCCAGAACCAGGUGGUGGAGCUCAUCCUGCAGCGAUGCUCAGACAUCUUCCAGCCGCACUGACCGCGGGCCCCUAUCCCCACCCCCGCAGCUGGUGCUGCGGACCCGGGACUGGGCACCUCGACACUGGUUCUGCCUUGGAAGCUGGACUGUUGGAGGCAGCUGGGCUGGACUCCUCUGUGAGACCCUCCGCCUCCCACCGGUGCACAGGCUGGAGUGAAAUCUGCAUCCCUUGGUGCAGUAUGGUGACCCCUGGUGGGCAGUUUGCAAAAUGUGAUCCCCCCCCCCCCCCCCCCCGUCCUGUUUGGGGCUUACUUGGGUUCUGUUGUUUAUUACAGUGACACCUACUGUGUGUGUGAGAGAGAAUGUGCUGGGAUG